AUGCCAGCACGAGGCUGGCCUUGCUUUUUUUCUUUUUCUUUCCAGGUUUCACCAAUUUUAAAUCGACCCACGUGGCACAGCUCGGGAAAAUGCUAUUCAAGGCAACUGUUAGAUGCUGUGAAGCAUCUGCAGGGGUGGUCUCAGAUAGACAAAAGAACCUGUUGGCAUGGACAUGCUGGGGGAGGCCUCCAUUCAGACCCGAAGAAUGCGUUGAAAGAAAUAGAUGGCCGAAAGAUCCUCAAAGCAAUGCUUUCAUACGUUUGGCCCAAAGACCGGCCUGACCUUCGUGCCAGAGUUGCCAUAUCAUUGGGAUUUUUAGCAGGUGCAAAGGCUAUGAACAUCGUGGUUCCCUUCAUGUUUAAAUAUGCAGUAGACAAUCUCAACCAGCUGUCUGGAAAUGUUCUGAACCUGAGUGAUGCACCCAAUACAGUUGCAACCAUGGCAACAGCUGUUCUGAUUGGAUAUGGCACCUCGCGAGCAGGCGCAGCGUUGUUUAACGAAGCCAGGAAUGCCGUCUUUGGGAAAGUGGCCCAGAAUUCCAUCCGGAGGAUAGCCAAAAACGUCUUCCUCCACUUGCACCAGCUGGACCUGGGCUUCCAUCUGAAUCGGCAAACGGGAGCGCUGUCCAAGGCCAUCGACCGAGGCACCCGCGGCAUCAGCUUUGUGCUCAGUGCCCUGGUGUUUAAUCUGGGGCCCACCUUGUUUGAGGUGGCCCUCGUGAGCGGGAUUUUGUAUUAUAAAUGUGGUGGACAUUUCGCACUCGUAACCUUGGGGACAUUAGGAGCAUACACGGCAUUCACAAUAGGACUUACGCAGUGGAGGACUAAAUUUAGGAUCGAAAUGAACAAAGCGGAUAACGAUGCAGGGAACGCUGCCAUUGACUCCCUGCUGAAUUAUGAAACUGUGAAGGUAAAGCCAUUCACAUGUCUAACUUUUCAUGUUGUCGCUCCUGGGGUAGCCCUUGUUAACAAUGCCUGUCUUUUUUUAGUUUCUUGUCUUGUCUUUUGGUGCUUUGGAAAAAAUAAGCUUGCUGCAACUUAUUUUGAAAAAUUAAGCUACAUAGCUGUAAACUGCCUUAUUGCUCCUCUACCUUUUCUUUGUCACAAAGGUAAUUUAACUGUUGGUGAUCUGGUCAUGGUGAACGGAUUGCUGUUCCAGAUUUCCUUACCCCUUAACUUCCUGGGGACGGUAUAUAGAGAGACGAGGCAGGCACUCAUAGACAUGAACUUAUUGUUUACGCUGCUUAACAUAGACACUAAAAUCAAAGAUAAAGAGCUGGCUCCGCCCCUGCAGAUCACCUCACAGACUGCUACCAUCGCCUUUGAUAACGUGCAUUUUGAAUACCUUGAGGGGCAGAAAGUCCUCAGUGGCGUGUCUUUUGAAGUCCCUGCAGGAAGAAAAGUGGCCAUUGUAGGAGGCAGUGGGUCAGGGAAAAGCACAAUUAUGAGAUUAUUAUUUCGUUUCUAUGAGCCUCAGAAGGGAGAGAUUUAUGUCGCUGGCAAGAAUAUACAAAAUGUCAGCUUGGAAAGCCUGCGGAAGGCUUUAGGAGUUGUGCCACAGGAUGCUGUUCUCUUCCACAACACCAUCUUCUACAACCUCCAGUACGGCAAUAUCAACGCCUCCACGGAAGACAUCUACGCGGUGGCAAAGCUGGCAGGCAUCCACGAUGCCAUCCUCAGAAUGCCCAAUGGCUACAACACCCAAGUGGGCGAGCGAGGCCUGAAGCUGUCAGGUAAGGAAAUCCAUGGGCUCUGCUGGUCUCUGCGCCUCCCUUUUCCUGUCUUGCCUCGGCUUUUAAAACAGGGCAAAGUUGCGGAGCGUGGCAAGCAUAUUGACCUGCUUACCAGCCCCAACAGCCUCUACUACGAGAUGUGGCACACUCAGAGCAGCCGGAUGCUGAACCGAAGCACCAGUGAGAGGUGGGAGGAGAGAAACCAUCACAUGUCCAAAGAGGAGGAAAGGAAGAAACUGCAAGAAGAAAUCAUCAACAGUGUGAAAGGCUGCGGGAACUGCUCCUGCUGAGCCCGAGUCUAAAUCCACCCCCAGCUGAUGCCAAGGAAAGUGUGCCCUGAAGCUGCAUUCAGCCAAGCGCAGGGUUGAAUUUAGUGGGCUUCUCUCCAUGAAGACCGGAUUUUGGUGGCCAAAGGAUUUUAGACCUGCUAGUCAGUGAGGAUUGGUUGAAACUGACCUGUACUGCCCCAUUAACACUUAACAUUUGGUAAUAAUAAUCUCAGACAAGGUGCAAAUCCUCCUGGAAUUGUUUGUAACAUGGCAGAAAUGGCUAUGACUAUGAAUUAUCUGGCAUUCACUGUUAAGAUGUUGCAUAUUCUAACACUGUUCCUCACUACUGCAGAGUUAAAGGUGGUUUUUAAUAUAUUGAUUUUAAGAGAAACCAAUUAAAUCAAGUACGAAUAUUCGUGGGGGGGGGGGGAAAGGAUGCCAUUAAUAUUCUUUAGUUGUUGCAUUUGAUAGAGUUUGUAUCCUUUUAUAAAGGAGGCAUCGGGUUUGCAGUUCAAUGCAAAGACAUUUUUGCCUCAAUAUUUACUGGUUUCCCCCAAAAGAAGUACAUAUUUCUGCAAGGACUAAAUUUUCAGUGUUAAGAACAAACGAGAGCGUCUCAAAAUGAUCGGUGCGUCUUUCAAAGCAGAGUAUUAACAGCUGGUUCAUCUCAGUUCUGUAAUCUUCCCAGAACGGCACAAGGAAAUGUUUCUAUUAAAUUCUAAUGAUAAUUCAAUACAAAUAGUGUUAGAAUUAUUGUCUUGCCAAUAAGUUGCUUUUCUGUAGCAAGACACAGAGUGUCUUCAUUCUUCAGGCACUAUCCACUAUGCCCAGUUAUGUCAAUAAGUAUUGAUGAAGGAAAUCUAUUGUUUGGAAAAGUAAUGUGAGUUGACCUUGAUUAAAAAUAACUAUCCAUUAGGCACUUCGAUACAAAGAUGAGUAACUUUUGCUGUGCCCUGCAAAACAAAACCCUUUAAUAUGUGGUAAUAGGUCAAAGUGGAUUCAUUCUUCAACUGGAUAAGUUGCUCUUUGAUGCCAUUAAUGGAAAAAGUUGUGCU